ACCGGAAGUUAGCUGAAAGGAGGAAGAAAAGAGAGAGGUGAUUGAGCGGUUAAGGGGAGGAUUGUAAAAUCGCUUCCAAUAUUUUUUUCCCCAAACGGUUAGCUAAAUUUCGAAAAUACGUACAUUCAGACAUUAUUUGAUACGUAUUUUUCAAGUCAAUUGCAUUUUAUUCCGUUAAUAAAAAUAUAUAUUUUAGUUAGCCUCAACUUCGGUAGCUAACGGGUUAGGCGGUGAGCUAAGUAGAUAUCGCGAUACCAUAGACAUUUAGUUAUUAGCUAUCAAAAAAGUAACCAGAGUUUACACCUCAGUAAUUGGGAGGAUUGGGGGUUACCCUCAAGAAAGCGAAAGACAACGCAUAGAUUCCUGGUUUAAGUUAAAGCGAAAGCUAGUUAACUAACGUUAGUUUGCUGGCUUCCCUAAGUGAUCUGAAGAGACGAGAGAGGCUCAGAUUUUCUAGUUUUGACUCGUUGGCGGGGCGUUGCUGCCUUGUCGGUAAAGCCUACCCUUGAAUUGGAAAAUUAGAUCGCUAGCUAGCUAACUCUGAAAGUGGACAGCAGUUCUGUUUUUCCCACACCGAUCUUAAAUUCCAGCAGUAAAGCUUGAUAACAUUCCGUUUUUGGUUUGUUUAUUACAAGUAAUAAUUUUCAGCAAAACACCCACAAUUAAUAGAAAAUGGCCGGGGUGAACAGCGUCGAAGCGGUGAAGCGAAAGAUUAAAGUUCUGCAGCAACAGGCAGAUGAAGCUGAGGAGAGAGCCGAGAAUUUGCAGAGACAGGUCGAAGAAGAGAAACGGAAAAGGGAACAGGCCGAGGCAGAGGUGGCCUCCCUGAACAGGCGUAUCCAGCUGGUGGAGGAGGAGCUGGACCGGGCCCAGGAGAGGCUGGCCACGGCGCUGCAGAAGCUGGAGGAGGCGGAGAAGGCCGCGGACGAGAGCGAGAGAGGCAUGAAGGUGAUUGAGAACAGGGCCCUGAAGGAUGAGGAGAAGAUGGAGAUGCAGGAGAUCCAGCUUAAGGAGGCCAAGCACAUCGCUGAGGAGGCCGACCGCAAGUACGAGGAGGUGGCCCGGAAGCUGGUGAUCAUCGAGGGAGACCUGGAGCGCACGGAGGAGAGGGCAGAGCUGGCGGAGGCCAAAUGUGCCGAAUUGGAGGAGGAGCUGAAAAAUGUCACCAAUAACUUAAAAUCCCUGGAGGCUCGAGCUGAAAAGUACUCUCAGAAGGAAGACAAGUAUGAAGAAGAGAUCAAAAUCCUGACCGACAAACUCAAAGAGGCGGAGACCCGUGCUGAGUUUGCCGAGAGGUCAGUGGCAAAGCUGGAGAAGACCAUCGACGACCUGGAAGAGAGGCUGGCUAACGCCAAGGAAGAGAAUAUCAAGAUCCAUGCCACCCUGGACCAGACCCUGGAGGACCUCAACAGCUUCUGAACCCCCUGGAGCUGGGGACUGUCCCUCUGCUCCCUCUCUCCCUCGUCUAUUCACUACCCAUUCACACCCCAUAUCCCCCACCUUGUCCUGUCUGUUGGGUGAGUGUGUUUGGGUAGGAAGGGGUAAGGGGAUAGUAUUUCUUUUUGGUGAAGGGAGCAUUGAAAACAGUCCAAACCUUGACCGGCAUUCUGUGCCUGUGUCCUCACAAUCUGAUUACAUUCAUCUGCACCCCUGGUCCUCCCAGCUUCUUGUGUAUACGCAUCCCACCAUGAACCAAAUCAACAGUAGACAUCCCACAUUUGAAGGCUGCUGAUGGACCCAUCCCAACAACUGUGCACUAAAAUCACCACCGGACUUUGAUUUGUCCAUUUUGAUUGCUCCAUGUUGACUUCUUUGGCUGAUGAGUAUGUUCUUCAGUAUUGAGGCUCUUUGAGUCUGCUUUUCAAGUCCUCCUUCAUUCAUGUGAAUGGGAGGAUGGGAAUUGCUCGGGAAGAUAAUUUUUAUUGGGAAAAGCUCUUAAUAGCCAAAUGUUCUGUACAUCUCCACCAAAAUAUGGGCCUGGUAACAUACUGGAUUACGACAUUUAACCCAUUGCUGUUCCUGACCUACACUACCCCUGCACCCCCAAAUGCUUCUCAUUCCUGUCCCUACGCUACUUCUAUGAGCCAUUAUACCCUGGACCUCCUUUUUUUAUAAGUACCAUUUCGGCCAUGUGUACAUGCAUUACUGUGCCAACCGAUUGGGACCAUGACCAUGUUACCUUAGUUGUGUAUGUUGCAUUAUAGAGGUACAGGGGGACCACUUGUUCUUAUAAGGGAGCUAUUUCUAAAGUUUACUUGCAUGAAGUUUCUUUUUUUUUUUUUUCUUUUGAUCCAUGUUCCAAAAAGGGCCAAUAUCUCAAAAUACUGUACUAACAUGGAACGGUUUUAUUUUCACCUGCCCUCCGCCGCCUACAAAUUUCAUAAGGGAAAAUGGAGGAGGGGGGUGUCGAGACGAAGCGUAGCCCAGUGAUCAAUUUAUCAAAACAUUUUAGGGAUUAAAUAGGGACAUUCUUAGCCUUUGUCCUCCUUCUACCAGCUGAUAUUUUAGGAUGAGAGCAGGGAAAAGGAGGGGGAGGGCUGUACGAAAUUUCAAAAAAAAAAAAAAAAACUGCCAAAUU